CAUGUAAUAAUAUUUGUUCGUACUUUUAGGUUUUACAAAAAACCUCAGACUAUGCUAAUUGCUUUUACGGAUAAUGUAAAAGCAAUUAUGUAAUAUACAGAGUGUCAAAUUUUCAAAUAUGGAAAUUGCAUGGUAAAAUAUUUUCCAUAUUUGAAAUUUUGCAUAUGGCCGAUAGUUUAGGAGUUACAGGUCUGUAACAGUUAGGCUGGGACACUCUGUAUAACUGAUAUACAGGGUGGGGCAAUAACUAUGUCCACUUUAAAUAUUGCCGUUAUUUUUAAUAAUAUGAAAAAAUGUUAUAUACAAAACUUACACGGUAUAGAGGGGGGCAUAUUACGACAUAAACAUUUUCUGCAUGGGUAGAGGUAUACAGGAGAUUUCAAGGUCAUCUCUAUUUUUUUUAACGGAAUGCUAUGCUUUUUUUAUCGCAAUGUAAUAGCCAGUGUUGAGACGACAUCAGCAAGUUAUCAUUGAAAGUCAUGCAAGGUCAAAUGUGGUAGUAAAAUAAACUUUCUUACAUUAGAGGAGAUGCUCGAAGUGGUGACCGUUCGCGUCAAUGCAAAGUUACAAUCAUCGUAUCGCUGCAUCACGUGCAUGCCUUAUCGUUUCUGAACUUAUUCUAACACAUGCUGUAUUAUGUCACAGACUCUCACUUUUACAUAAACUAAUGGUCUUGUAACAUUGUUUAUGUCGUAGCAAUACAUCGCGUAUAGCUAGAAAUGCUGUUUAUCAAGAAGUACCCACUACACCAGAAAAUAUGAAACAACGGAUAAUUGCAGCAUGUGCUAGAAUAAGUUCAGAAACGAUAAGACAUGUACGUGAUGCAGCGAUACGAAGAUUGCAACUUUGCAUUGACGCGAACGGUCACCACUUCGAGCAUCUCCUCUAAUCAUAGCAUUCCGUUAAAAAAAAAAGAGAUGACCUUGAAAUCUCCUGUAUACCUCUACCCAUGCAGAAAAUGUUUAUGUCGUAAUAUGCCCCCCUCUAUACCGUGGUAUUGCGACUAUACUUGUUUUGUGCGAAAAACGAACGGCUUCGUUGUACACCGCUAUAUGCCAAGAAAUAUUUAAUUUAAUUCCUGAAUUGUGAAGUAAUAUAAAGUUCAUAAUGAGUGACUACGAAAUGGCAGCUGUAACAGCUGUUAGUAAAUUAUUCCCUAAUGCAAAUAUCCAUGGCUGCUGGUUCCAUUAUUGUCAGGCUAUUCUUCGCAAGUGGCGCAAGCUUGGUUUGACUAAUGCACCUAAUAGUGUUGUCCGUAUGGCAAUGUCUCUGUCUUUAGUACCUGGAACGAAAUUUCAGGAAGGCUUAGUAAUUAUACAAAGGGAGGUGGAUAUUGUAUUAAAUAAUUUUCCUAAUGUUCUUUUAUUUAUGGCCUAUAUGCGAACUAAUUGGUUGAAGAUGGCAUCGCAUGUUAGCGUGCGCAAUUGUCCAGUGCGUACUAACAAUAUUGCAGAAUCAUUUCAUAAUAUUGCCGGUUUAAAACUCGGAAAACAAAAUAUAAAUGUUUGGACAUUUCUGGAUUAUCUUUGGAAGAGUUAUUACGUAGUUUUCAUUAUGGAGACAGAAUUUUUCAAAUUAAUAAAAUUGAUACUUUGGCAAAUGAAGAUAUUGACGACGAGAUUGCAGAUGCUGAUCAUUUUGCUAAAACAGCUUAUAGUCCAAUGGAAAACGAUAAAAUACAACGGACGUAUAGGAGAAGAAGUAGAAGAGUAUUAUGUAAUGCGCUCUUCAAUAUCGUCGGAUUCCUCGAAAGCCGAAAACAGGAACGCAUCAGAUUAUCUUUACAUACUAUUUCUGAAUUGUGAAUUGUAUUGCAGGGAACAUGAAUUGCCGGUUCUCGAAAAUGGUGUAAACAGAGAGUAGAACGAAACUAGAGAAGCCGAUAUCGAAGUCGUAGACACAAAUAGUCACUCGCACUCAAGCAGUUGCUUGACUCGGAGAUUAUUUGAAAUGUUUAUAGAAAGUGACCUCCAUGCAUCACAAAAUGCACAAAAUUUUAACCACGAAAUUGACACUAGUAACAUUGAUGGUAAUUUAUAUAUACAGGAUGUGUACCAAAAGAUGAUAAAACUUGAACUUCCUUUACCAUUUUGCAAUCCGCAGCUUAAUUUUCAAGAUACUUGCGAUAGGAAAUUGGAUGAUGCUGUCCUUUUUGAAAUUCUUGAUCACGCAGAAGGGCACUGCACAAUGUGUUUUAUUAAUAAAGCUACACAAAUUGUUUUCUGUUUACCAUGUGUCAAACAAUGUAAUUGCCUACAAUGUCCUAUAUGGAACGAUAAAGUUACCAUGCAUGUUACACUUCGUAAACCAUAAAUAUAAAUAUUCUUAUUGA